AUGGCGCAGACAUCCGUCCAUAAGAAGCUUCGGCGGCGGCCUGUUGUCGACCUAGAGGGAGAGGACGAGUCUGAGAUCGCCGCGAUAGACUCUCUUAUAGCGGGCCAUGAUAUCAGCGUGGUCUGUCCUGAUGUCCCGGGGAGUGUUGAUGGCAGUGGACGGAAGAUAAUAAGACCCGCAAUAAGGUAUGGUGAACGACCAGAGCCUCGGAGGAGAGUUGACGAUGAUGCCUCCGCCUCCUCUGCACAGACCAAAGCCGUACCCCCUCCUCAUUACCGCUGUCAUCGCUGUGGAGAGGCCGGCCAUUAUAUAUACGAUUGUCCGACUAACGAUGACCCCACAUAUGCCUCGAAGCAGAAGGUUAAGUCGGCUCGAGGAGUUCCUCGGCAAUUCCUGCGUAUUGUCACCCGCGAGGAGGCUCAGGACAUGACAGAGGACGUUUAUAUCCUUCCUAAUGGUGAUUAUGCUGUGAUGAAGCAAGUGUCUGAUGAGGAGAGGAAGAAGAUUGUGGGAGAGUCCGAAAAGGAACGUCUAACGAGAGUAUUUUCCGAUGCCGACUGGCGUGUACAAGGCCUAUUGUUGUCGUGUGGAAUCUGUCAUCAACUACGAGUAGAAGCUGAGAUCACGCCGUGCUGUGCGAAUUUAUACUGUCGGAAAUGUGUGAUAGAACAUUUAGCGAAAACACACUCUUGUGUGGACGGCACGUUGUGGCCUAAUAAGUGUCCGGGCUGCAACGACACUUUAAAGGUGUCAUCUCUUAUUCCCGACAUACGCCUUCGAGAUCAAUUGCACUAUGUUGCCUAUGGGAAAAGGUUACCCCACAAGAGGCUGCAGUCUGCGACUUUUCCUGCUAAGGGGGGACAUAAACGUCCAUCUGGUGGGAGGAAGCACUGA